CUCCCUACAUUAGAGCGAGACAGAGAGAGGGAGAGGAAACGCGCGCGGCGAGAGAACCCCGGGAGAGGGCGGCGAGAUGGUGCAGCGGCUGACCUACCGGAAGCGGCACAGCUACGCUACCAAGUCCAACCAGACCCGGGUCGUCAAGACCCCAGGUGGGAAGCUUGUGUACCAGUACACAAAGAAGCGGGCGAGUGGGCCGAAAUGCCCGGUCACCGGGAAGAAGAUCCAAGGAAUUCCACACCUGAGACCUACUGAGUACAAGAGGUCCAGAUUGUCAAGGAACCGGAGGACUGUGAACCGUCCUUAUGGUGGUGUUCUGUCUGGUCCUGCAGUCAGGGAGAGAAUCAUCCGGGCGUUUUUGGUCGAGGAGCAGAAGAUUGUGAAGAAGGUGCUGAAGAUCCAGAAGACCAAGGAAAAGACCACCAAGAGCUAAGCAGUUGUGCGAGAAUAGGCAUCGCCGUGAUGUUUUGAGUUUCUUCAAAUUUGUUUUAAGCAAUCAAGGGAAUUUUCUCUUCGGAUAUGGGGGAUCCUGGCUCUAGUGUUUGCCUGCUAGUAUGUGAGAUUGAUGUGGUUCUCAGGAUUUUGGGCGCUAGUUCUCUAUGAAUGCUUGACCUUUUGAUGACUCACAUUUGGUCUCGUGCUGUUUC